AUGGCGGGCAUUGGCCUCACACAAGAGGAACUUGCUUACGAUAUCGAGUCGAGGAAUUCGCAGUACUAUCGGAACAAUGUAUGGCAGAUGCCAAUGACACAAGCGUCCACACAGAAUGGUCCUCGACCGACGGUCGCGCCGAUCCAAACACAUGGCCACGGCUUGACACAAACUCCAACAGCAGAGCACCCGAUGAUGGAGACAUGGAGGUAUGGGCAUCAACACCAACAAUCGCCGCAACAGCACCAGUCGCAGCCUUCAACCUCUUACGCCACAAUCACAUCAAAACCAACAUCAACAUCCACAUCAACUCCAUCAGUCGCAAUCACAGCCGUCAGUGUCGCAUACUCUCGAGUACAAUACAUCGCCGGUUUAUGA